UAUGUUUGUGACCAAAGACUUUUCGACACGUAACCACCUAUUGGCGGGCUUAACCGCGAGACCCCGCUUCACAAUUUGAUGAGAUUCCGGACCAGACUGUAUACGACCGUGGUCAAGAGUGUUAUGUAUAGUGUGUGAUCAUCCGUCAAGGGUAAAAUUUCUAUCUCUCUAUAUAUAUAUAUUUUGGAGGUAAACAUUCAAGAAUAUUAUGAAGAUAAAUAAAAAAUUUAUGAUGCCUGCAAAAAUAAUAAGAAAUAUUAUAAAUAAACUAUUAAAUGUUCAUCAAAAAACAACGCAAGGUGUACAAACGGCAAGAGAUGCAAUUGUACGUGGUGGCCUUAUCAUUAUCAGUGCUGUGUUGAUUGUAUGGAUAUCAAUUUUUCUAUACACUGCAUUUUAUUAUACAUACAUGCCAAGCAUGUCAUAUGUUGGACCGGUUCAUUUACAAUUUCGGUCUUGCGAAAGUGUAAAAGGAAUUUGCAGUUAUCCGUCCGCUAAUAUACAAUUAACGAAAAAUCAACAAUUUUUAAUGGUUGGUCAACCGUAUAAGGUUAAUUUGCAUUUAGAAAUGCCGGAAUCUCCUGCUAAUAAGGAACUUGGAAUGUUUAUGGUAUGUGGUUUUUUAAGAAGUCGAAAUGGUAUAUUAGUUGAUCAUUCUUGUCGUUCUGCGAUGCUUCAUUAUAAAAGUACGUUAUUACAUUUUCUAUCAACCCUUACAUUUUCACCGAUGAUGAUUUUUGGAAGUACUGAAGAAACACAGAACAUUGUUCUUGAAUUAUUUGGCAAUUUUGAGGAAGAUCAAAGUCAACCAGUGACACGUUUGGAAGUGGAGAUUCAAUCGCGACAUAUUCAAUUUUAUUCGGCAACAGUGACGAUAAAUGCUCAUUUAUCUGGUUUACGAUAUUUGAUGUUUCACUGGCCCAUUUUGACUGCCAUUAUUGGCAUCAGCACCAAUUUAUUUUUCAUAGCUUUAAUUUGUACUUUAUCGUAUUUACAUUUUGCUGCUGAAGAAGAUGUCAUAGAUGAUGAUUUUGGAUAUGAGAAAGGAGAUUUAGAAGAGGAAAAGGAUCUAAAAUCAAAUAACGAUCGAUCUUCAGACACAUCGUCUAUGGAGGAUGCAUCUUUACUUGAAGACAUUCCAAAGUCUCAGGAAGGACAUUCAUCACAUUUGUUGGAUCCAGUGUUAGAUAAACCAAGUUAUAUUCAAGAGAUUUCAUCAUUAAUUGCUGAAUCAACUGCAGGAGAGUUAUCAAAAUAAAAAACAAUUUAAUCUAAUCAAAAUGUUGAUAUAUAUGAGAGAUAAAAAUAGACUGGUCUGUUAAAUUUUUUAAAUCAGAAUUGGACAAGGAUUUAAAAAAAAGAAAAUUUAUAAGUUGUGACCUUCAAAGAAGUGAAAAUUAAAUUAAAAUUAUUCAAUUAUUGAAUAUUUAUAAAAUAUCUAUAAUAUACAAAAAGAAAAUUAUUUGUAUAACUACUAUAUUUAUUAUUAUCAAAGAUACUUUAAUUUCUAUUAUAAAAUAAAUGUGAAAGUUACUUUUUUCUCUACAUAGAAGUAGAAUAUUAUUUUUUGAUGUAUUUUCAGUUUAUUUUUAAUAAUUUACAUAUUAUAUAUCUUAUUGUUUUAAAAUCGAAAUGUUAAUGUGAUGUGAAAUGUUGUAAAUUGUAGAAUGACUUAAACAGUGUCAUAAAAUUUUUCAUUUGUAAUUUCAAGUUUUAUUACUUCAAAAAUCAUAUAUUACAAGUAGAAUUACUAUUUAUUUUUUUAUAAUAUUUUAUUUGUGUAUUAUUUUAAUUAAAUAAAUUAAUAUUAAUUCUAAUUUAUUAUAUUAUUAAACUAUAUAAUAUAUGUUAUUCAAAUAAAAGUAAUUGUUAAAGAUUUCAAUUACUGCAAUAAGGCGGGAAAUUUAAAUAGAAAAAAAAAGUUUUUCCUUUUGUUAAAAAAGAAAUACCAUAUAAAUAUUCAAAAAUUAAAUUUAAUUUUUUUUCGCCUGACGAAAUAUCAUUAACGAAUUUAUUAUUCUCGUUAAUAAUCUCCAUACUGGCCGAGGGUUAUUAUGCAACUCACCCCGUUUUUAUCCUCCUUCAUUUCUCUAUAUUCUUCGUCUCGGAAAUAUUGAUAAUUAUAUAUAUAUACAUACAGUUGGACAUUAUAAACUGAUAAAAAAAAAAAAUUAAAAAUUAUUGGAUUGAUAACGAUAACAUUGACACAAAUGUAAUCUAAAUUGCAUGAUAUUUUUCAAAGUAAAUUUUAUCAUUACAAAUAUGCUAAUUUUGUUGACACUUCAUUCUAAUUUUCACUAGUAGAAUGGACAUAAUCAAGAAUUUAACCGUCUUCAUAUCAGGAUCACAAGAUUGUAAGCAAGUAUGACAAGUGAAGUGCGGUCAGCGAAUCUCUCUAAUCGUACAGUAGCAAAAAUACCUCCGCGAAUAUUAUGUUUGCCGUCGAUUGGAAAGACACAAUUUUGAGGAAGGCACCCCACGUUGAGACGCCCGAUUGGUCCUUUGUGGUCCCUUUUGGUCCAUAUUGCCUCUGAUGCUCUGAAUUUUGGUGACUUAGAAUGAAACCCAACAAUGUAUUUAAACUAACCUCUUUUGUCCCUCGUCAUAUUAUCAAUAUAGCUCGAAAUUUUGAUCACACUUCUGCGCAUUUGUUGGAGGAGAGAAAUAUAUACUAUUCUCAUCAGGACAGUGACAUCGUUUUUCCCGAAAAAUAAUGCUUAUAAGGUAAAAUCAUCAUAAAUCCACGUAAUAUAUAUAUGCAAUAAUUCUUUGUGUAAUUCGCAUAAAAUUUACAGUUGAAAAUACAAAUUACUUUUUAUGAUGACGAUACACAUUUUAAAGUAAAACCAUUUUCAAUUUUAAUAAAUGAUUUAAUAAUGAGGUUUCCCCUAAAAUUGAUUGUUGAUAUUGCACCUUGGUGGAGAGUCCCCCCUCCACCCCUCUUCAUUUCUCGCGGGGUCAUGUUGACAAUGCUCUUCAGAGUAGCUAUGCAUGCGUUCCUGUUGAAAAAAUUCCUCACGGGCGAAAGUCAAGGUAUUGACGUAAAACAAAGAUCACUAUAGUCCAAGUAGAAAGAGAGAUGGAGACCAACAAGCAAUUUCUGUGCUCCUGAUAAUAGGAGGGGCUCGCUCGAGACAACCGCGCGCGAAACGUGACUCGUCGGGUGAAAAUCAACUCUUCUCAUUUAUACAUGUGCUCCUGGUAUUUCAGAGCUCGCUUGCACCGAACAACGUGGGAGAAAUCACUUUGCUAUCUUGUAAGUACAUACAUAUUUAUAUCCAUAUAAACGAAUUUAAAUUUCUUUAUAUCAGAAUUCGAAAUAUUGUUAAAUUUUAGGUUAUGUUGCAUACUAUUAGUAAAUGUUCAAAAUUAACUUUUUUAUACUUUUUUAUGAAAAAAAAUUAAAAUUGUUAUUUUAUUUAAAAAUUCAAAAAUAUGAAAUUGGAAUUAACUUUUGUUUAAAUUCUCUCUUAAAUAUAAUUUGUUUACAUUUUACUCCAUUUAUUCGAAUACAAUUUUUGAUUUUGUGUUUUUGAAUAUUAUUCGAUUUUGAAUUUGUUAAAAUAUAACUAAACAAUUAGAAAUACGCUUAAAUAAGAAAAAAUUUGUUUAGAGGUCAUAGAAAUCAUUUGAAUGCUUCAUUUUUUUUUUUUUAAUAUUAGUGUAAUAAUUGUAUUUAUACAAAUCAAAAAAUUGAACACGGCAGUUUAGUCUAUAAAUGGUUCAAUAUUUUACGUGUAAUGGAAUCGAUUCAUAUGAAAAAUUGACUGAUUAUUAUUUCAGUCAUGGAGUAAAUUUGUUUUUUUUUUUUUUUUUUUUUUUUGUUGUUGUU